GCGUUUCUUAUCAGCCACUAUAUAAAGAAGCUGUGUAGACCUCCGAAGUACAUGACAUUGGCAUAAGCAGGCGGUUCAAACGCUGAUUUCGGUUGGCAGUUCCUCUUUUACCAAAUAAGAAAAAAUGACUACCCAAACAGCUGUGCAUGCAGCUUUGAAGCUGCAGCCUGUGGAAACACGGAAAGAAGAAAAGCAAGAAAAUGUUAACUUGAGAGGAUACAACACAGAAGUUAAAGACGGAGUCAAUAACAUUGCUAUGGGUAUUUAUAAACAUCCAUACAGACUUCCAAAAAUCACCGAUCCAUUUAUCAAAAGAGAAUGGCUGUUGAAUUUAAUGGCAGGAGCUUUCCGGGUUUUUGCGAGAAAGGGGUUUUGCGAAGGUCCCGCUGGACACAUUUCUGUGAGAGACCCGAUUGAUCCAGACACUUUCUGGAUCAACCCUCUAGCAGUUCAUUUUUCUCUUUUGACUCCCCAGCAUAUGGUUCAUGUUGAUGAGUAUGGGAAUGUCAUUGGCGGAAACAGAGCAACAAUUAAUGCUGCUGGUUUCAAGAUCCAUUCAACUAUUCAUAAAGCCCGACCCGACGUAAACGCAAUAUGUCAUGUUCACUCGAGAGCUGGUAAUCAUUUGGAUAUGCUCAAUCAGGACGCAUGCAUUUUCUACAAAAAUCAUACAGUGUAUAACGACUUUGGUGGGGUAGUUUUAGAAUCCCAGGAGGCUAAACAUAUUGCCGAAGCGAUGGGCCCGACCAACCGAGUUAUUAUUCUGAAAAACCAUGGAUUGUUGACAGCUGGCACAAAUGUUGGAGAGGCCGCCUAUCUGCUCUGUUUAAUGGAUACUUAUUGUGAGGUUCAAAUGCAAGUAGACUCUGUUCAACCCUCCGGGAGAUACAGAAGAGAUGUCAUCCCUGACCAAGAGGCAAAGUACACCUACGAAAUGACAGCCAGCGCCGAAAACUUGUAUAGUUCAUUUUGUGCAGAUUAUGAAGUUGAAGUUGUUGCUUCCAAUGGUGCAAUUACUUCUGCCACCUCUUAUCAUACUGAUUAAGUGAUGUAUAGAAGAUCCAUAUAAUUG